AUGGCUCUGAUCACUGACAAGCUCAUUUACUACGCUGGACCCUCAGACCUCAGACCCCCUCAGACCCUGGACCCUCAGACCCUGGACCCUCAGCUGGAUUCUCAGACCCCCUCAGACCCUGGACCCUCAGACCCUGGACCCUCAGCUGGAUUCUCAGACCCCCUCAGACCCUGGACCCUCAGACCCUGGACCCUCAGACCCUCGACCCUCAGACCCUGGACCCUCAGACCCUGGACCCUCAGACCCUGGACCCUCAGACGCUGGACCCUCAGACCUCAGACCCCCUCAGACCCUGGACCCUCAGACCCUGGACCCUCAGCUGGAUUCUCAGACCCCCUCAGACCCUGGACCCUCAGACCCUGGACCCUCAGCUGGAUUCUCAGACCCCCUCAGACCCUGGACCCUCAGACCCUGGACCCUCAGACCCUCGACCCUCAGACCCUGGACCCUCAGACCCUGGACCCUCAGACCCUGGACCCUCAGACCCUGGACCGUCGCAGAGGAAGUGUCUCUUACUUGGAGCAGCAGAGAAUCCUCAAAAUCGAUACGUUUCCAGAGAAAUGA